CGACGUUAGCCGCGGAUCGCGGGCCCGCGCGAAUGACAGUUGAUCGGCUGGCCGGUCGUCGAGUCGCGGCAAAAUUCACGCGGUUGCUCCGACGUUAUAUAUAGCGGAACGGAAGCCCGCGGGCGGCACACGAGCGAGGACAGUGGGAUAGGAUAUAUCGAGCGGUUCCAUUCGAUCCCGUCGAGGGACGCCAUUCGCUUUUUGGCGGGCACGUGCUUCCCGUUGCUUGCCGGUUUUUUGCGCUGUCGAAAUCGUCGGGUCGAACCCUGGCCGCCUCGCACUCAUGAACAGUAUUACUUCAAAAAUGGAAUCCAUGGAUAUAGCUCCGGAGCCUGUUAUCCUGAAUAAAGAUGUCGGCGCAUCAUCUUGUAAAGAGUCUGUAUCCGUCGACGACAUGACUUCGAGGGACUAUUACUUUGAUUCCUACGCUCACUAUGGAAUACACGAAGAAAUGCUUAAGGAUGAAGUACGCACCGUGACUUAUCGUAAUUCAAUGUAUCAUAACAAACAUCUCUUCAAAGGGAAGACGGUUCUCGAUAUUGGCUGCGGCACAGGUAUCCUCUCCAUGUUUGCAGCUAAGGCUGGCGCAGCUAAAGUCAUUGGUAUCGAGUGCUCCAAUAUCGUGGAAUAUGCAGAGAAGAUAGUAGAAGCCAACAAUCUGUCCAAUGUUAUAACGAUACUUAAGGGAAAAGUCGAAGAAGUAUCAUUGCCGGAUGGAAUAGAGAAGGUCGAUAUAAUAAUAUCCGAAUGGAUGGGUUAUUGCCUGUUUUAUGAAUCCAUGUUAGACACAGUACUCUUUGCCAGAGAUAAGUGGCUUCGCGAAGACGGCAUGCUAUUUCCUGACAAGGCGACUUUGUUUAUCUGUGGCAUAGAAGACAGGCAAUACAAAGACGAGAAGAUUAAUUGGUGGGACGAUGUAUACGGAUUCGACAUGAGUAGCAUAAGAAAAGUGGCCAUUAGCGAGCCGCUGGUAGAUGUUGUUGAUCCCAAGCAAGUUGUUACAAAUGCAUGCCUAAUCAAAGAAGUUGACCUUUAUACAGUGACUAAGGCGGAUCUCGAGUUCUCAUCGCCGUUUACCCUGCAAGUUCGUAGAAACGAUUACGUUCAAGCCCUAGUUACGUUCUUCAACAUCGAAUUCACCAAGUGCCACAAGCGUAUUGGCUUCAGUACCGCGCCAGAAGUGCCAUAUACGCAUUGGAAGCAAACUGUCUUUUACUUCGACGAGUAUAUGACGGUGAAGAAAGGGGAGGAGAUUUACGGCGUAUUUUCGAUGAGGCCCAACGCCAGGAAUUAUAGAGAUCUGGAUUUCAGCAUCGAGUUGGACUUUAAAGGAGAGUUGUGUCAAGUACACGAAACUAAUAACUAUCGUAUGCGCUGAUAUUCAGUGGAUUGUGCGUCCUCUUCCCCAUUUUUUUUAUAGCUCAUGAGAAAUUAAAUCAUUUAAUCAAACCUGAAA